UAUGAUGGAUCGAUAGAUUGUCGAUUUAAAUGCGGUAACCAAUUAAAUGAUAAACAAUUCGAAAUAGUUACUGGACCAGCUUGGACAUGUAUCGGUUACUGUGUUUAUUGUUUUUCGGUGCUGUUUUAGCUAAACACGAGAUUUAUGAAGGUUACGCAGUAUACGAAGUAAGAGUGAAACAUCAUGAUCAGACGCAAUACUUCAAUCAACUGCAGUACCAAUUAGAUGUUGAUGUUUGGUCCUAUGCGGCACCAGGACGGCCAGGGUCGAUCCUCGUGUCCAAAGAUAAGAGAGUGGAGUUGGAAGAAUUACUGACGGCUGAAGACAUUGAGUUUGAAGUUAAGACUGAAAAUAUUAAGGAAUUUUUGGAUUUGGAAGACAAAUUACUCGCUGACGUGUCCAGAAAAAGUUACAAUGCGUCGAGAUCAGCUGGUUUACCGUUUGACAGGAUUUAUACUUACCACCAGGUGGACGCAUUCCUUGAGAUGCUGGCUAAAGAGUAUCCCGAGACAGUGAAACUGGUCAACGCCGGGAAGAGCUUCGAAGGCAGGGACAUCAAAUACUUGAAGAUUUCCACCACCGACUUCCAAGAUGAAAGCAAACCCAUUGUAUUCAUGGAAUCCCUCCUUCAUGCGCGGGAGUGGAUCACCCUCCCGGCCACUCUGUACGCCAUACACAAGCUGGUGAUAGACGUGACGGAGCGAGACCUGCUGCAGGACAUCGACUGGAUCAUCCUGCCCAUCGCCAACCCUGAUGGAUAUGUGCACAGCCAUAAACAGGCACGUUUCUGGCGGAAAAACCGCGCUACUGGCUACAUGAUUGGCAACAUCUGCAUGGGUGUGGACCUUAACCGCAACUUCGAUUUCAACUGGGGCCAGGCCUCCAGCAAUAUUGUCUGCAUGGAAACCUUCCACGGUCGCGGCCCCUUCUCCGAACCUGAGACAGCCAUCAUCAGAGACAUAUUUCUAGAAUACUCAGACCGUAUUGAACUCUUCCUGGAUAUCCAUAGUUUCGGAAGCAUGAUCCUGUAUGGUUGGGGUACAGGUGUUCUACCACCAAAUGCCUUGAUCCUCCAUAUGGUCGGUGUGCAAAUGGCACAUGCUAUCGAUGCUGUGAAGAUGUCCUGGAAUCGUGACUAUAUUGUGGGGAACUGUGCCUUAGUCUUAUAUGAGGCGUCAGGAACUGCUGGAGAUUACGGCAAGGUCGCUGGAGUGGAAUUAUCGUACACAUACGAGCUUCCAGGAUUAAGAUUUGGUCUUGGAACCUUCGGCUUCCUUGUAGACCCUAACUUUAUUGAACAAGCUGGGUUCGAAACAUGGGAAGGUAUCAAGGUCGGAGCGAGGUAUGUUCGUGACAACUACAAGGCAAAGCGUGGACUAUAAUUCAUGUAAAAUAAAUUGAAUUAUGUAUUUA